CUAACUGUAUAAAAUCACUUGCUUUGUAUCUCUCUUUUAUUUAAGACCCCAAAGUAUCAGCAACUUUACUGAACUCUUUUACUUUAGGAACUCAAUGAAGGAAAGAAGAAAUAUUAGGUGAUCUCAUUUCCCAUUUAUUUUGCCUCUGGUUUCUGUGUAACUCUGGCUGGCCACUGUUGUAAAUGUGAGUGAAGACCCUGAAAAAUGAAUGAGGCUGCUGAAGAGGAUGGUGGACAACAGCCAGAUACUCACAUUGCUUAUUGGAUUCCCUCACUUCAGAGUUAGGAGAUACAAGACAGAGUUAGGUUGCACAACUGUGACAACCAAAGCUCUGCACUACAACUAAUUAGAUCCAGAAUUAGAGGUGCUUGGUUAAGAAGGUGACUUUCUCCAAAGCAUGUCAGCUAAGCCAGAGGACUCAUUCAUUCUCCCAGCAUUUGUUGAGUCUUACACUGAGCUAGGAGUUGGAGAUACUAAGAAGAAAGAUAAAGACAUACAUAAUGCCUUUUCUUGGAGUGGUAACACUUUAUCAGGGGAUACUGGUAUAUAGGCACCUCACAAUGAUACAGUAUGUCAAGGAUGAAUGUAGAGCCCUGUAGAAAGUGUUCUAGAAUCCAGAGAAUGAACAGAUUGUUCAGUGAGGGGUUUUACAAGUAGGCCACCAGGGAAGUUUUAGACACGUGGGUGGGAAUUUGCCAGAGAUUGCUUUGUUGGGCAUUAAGUAGCUGAUAAUCUCAAGUUGUAAACGAAUGGCCUGGAAGGUGACAGCCUGGGUUUGAAGCCUGACUGCACUAUUUAGCACCUUGGCCAACUCCUUAAUUGUUCCUCAGACUCACACCUGCUUAUCCCACCAGUCUCUUCCCAACAUAAAUCAAACAACUAGAAAAUUGUGGAGCAGAAAUUUAAACCUCAGUGCUGUAAUUACUUGAUAGAGAGCCCUUUAUUAGGUCUUCAACACCAAUGGAGUUGAUUUGUGAAACAGCUUCUAUGAAAAUGCUCAUGGAAAAAAAGGCCCUUGGGCUAAUGAGAUGAAGAUUUAUCCAGGCAGAGUGUCAGCCCCAGAGAUGUGCCUUCCAUAAGAAGCUUGGGAGCAUCAAGCCAAAUGCUACUACCUGCCAAGAACCACAGCAAGGGGAUUCUCCAAAAUUGAAUUGACUAUCUGAAGAAAUGGAUACUUCUCCCUCCAAACAAUAUCCAGUUAAAAAACGGGUGAAAAUACAUCCCAACACAGUGAUGGUGAAAUAUACUUCUCAUUAUCCCCAGCCUGGGGAUGAUGGAUAUGAAGAAAUCAAUGAAGACUAUGGAAAUUUUAUGGAAGAAAAUCCAAAGAAAGGUCUGCUGAGUGAAAUGAAAAAAAAAGGAAGAACUUUCUUUGGAACCAUGGAUACCCUACCUCCACCAACAGAAGACCCAAUGAUCAAUGAGAUUGGACAAUUCCAGAGCUUUGCAGAUAAAAACAUUUUUCAGUCCCGAAAAAUGUGGAUAGUGCUGUUUGGAUCUGCUUUGGCUCAUGGAUGUGUAGCUCUUAUCACUAGGCUUGUUUCUGACAGGUCUAAAGUACCAUCUCUAGAACUGAUUUUUAUCCGUUCUGUUUUGCAGGUCUUAUCUGUGUUAGUUGUGUGUUACUAUCAGGAGGCCCCCUUUGGACCCAGUGGAUACAGAUUACGACUCUUCUUCUAUGGUGUAUGCAAUGUCAUUUCUAUCACUUGUGCUUAUACAUCAUUUUCAAUAGUCCCUCCCAGCAAUGGGACCACUAUGUGGAGAGCCACAACUACAGUCUUCAGUGCCAUUUUGGCUUUUUUACUUGUAGAUGAGAAAAUGGCUUAUGUUGACAUGGCUACAGUUGUUUGCAGCAUCUUAGGUGUUUGUCUUGUCAUGAUCCCCAACAUUGUUGAUGAAGAUAAUUCUUUGUUAAAUGCCUGGAAAGAAGCCUUUGGGUACACCAUGACUGUGAUGGCUGGACUGACCACUGCUCUUUCAAUGAUAGUAUAUAGAUCCAUCAAGGAGAAGAUCAGCAUGUGGACUGCACUGUUUACCUUUGGUUGGACAGGGACAAUUUGGGGAAUAUCUACAAUGUUCAUUCUUCAAGAACCCAUCAUCCCAUUAGAUGGAGAAACCUGGAGUUAUCUCAUUGCUAUAUGUGUCUGUUCUACUGCAGCAUUCUUAGGAGUUUAUUAUGCCUUGGACAAAUUCCAUCCAGCUUUGGUUAGCACAGUACAACAUUUGGAGAUUGUGGUAGCUAUGGUCUUGCAGCUUCUCGUGCUGCACAUAUUUCCUAGUAUCUAUGAUGUUUUUGGAGGGGUAAUCAUUAUGAUUAGUGUUUUUGUCCUUGCUGGCUAUAAACUUUACUGGAGGAAUUUAAGAAGGCAGGACUACCAGGAAAUACUAGACUCUCCCAUUAAAUGAAUACUUGAUUAUUAUCUCCUUAAUGUUCAAUUAUUAAUACGUAUACUGCCAUUUUAAUGUUUACCUAUGAAUGUCUUUUGUGUUAUAUAAUUGACAGAGUACUAUAUAAUAUAUAUACAAAUGCAGAAAAUUUAUUCUAGUCUAAUAUAUUCAAAUACAAAUAUUAAAUUAUAAAAUACGUUAUGAAUCUGGUAUCUUUAUUGGUAUUUAUCAGUGUCUUUCCAGGUAAAUUGUAGUAGAAGGAGAAUAUUAACUGCUAUUACUAAAUAAUAGAAGACUCAAAGAAAUGACCCCUUUCAGAUGGAACUGAAGUUCAGAAAUUAGAAAUGUUCUACAAAUGUUCAACAAAACUCCUUCAUUUGUGAAAAAUACACUAUAAGGUGAAAUGUUGAACACCAAACCCUGUUUUGUCAUCUACUUGCAUUAGAAAACUAGAAGUCAUACGGCUGGGUUGAGGCAGGAAAAGAGGAAACAAGGGAAAAGAAGUGGCUUUUUAAUGACAAUGGGUGGUUGUCCAAAGUUAGAACAGGAAAUUGGUAUUCCCCUUAUUAUGGCUACAUUAGGUGAUACAUAGGAAACAGAAAUAGGGAGAAGUGUGGAUUCUCGCCAGUCCCACCUAGUCCAUGCCAUUUUGUCCCUGAUGUUCGGAGACUUAACGUUGGGGUAGGGUCUGCUUAUCCUCAGUUAUGUAGAUCUCUUCCAAGGCUGCCCUUGUUUAUGAUUUUGUGGCUAAUGUAUGUGUAAACUGCAGUAAACGUACUCCUUACUCCUGAAAAAGGCACCAACAGUAAUCACAGUAUAGCAGAAAAUUGACAUGGUAUCCUGAGAUUCUUUUCAAAAAGGUCUAAAAGUCUGUAAAAGGCUAUAUGAUGGCAUUAAGUCUAAUUUUGGCCAUUCUUACCAAUUUAGCACAAAUAAAUGAUAUGGUGCUGGUUAUUAAACUAUUGUCUCAGGUCCACAUUCCCCCUUCUAUACUUUCCUCUGUAAUGCUAUGGCUCAAACCCUGCAAAGUACAUUUUUUCUAUGCCAGCUGAUGUCUCACUAGGUUCCAUCAAUAAAGGGCAUUAGAGGGAGUCUGGAAGGCAGAAGGCAGGAAGGGACUUCCUCCUUUCCAUUUGUUUGCAGUUUCUGUCACUGUUAUCCCAGCAACAAGCAAGAGCCCUUUGCUCCAGCAGCAGCAAUUGAUUUCAGCCUUGAGCUUCUUUUGACAUCCUCCCCACCCACAACUAGUCUCAUCAUAUCCUUCCCCGAAGUAGUAGGAUCAGCCAGACAGCAUCCUCUCGGGGGUCUGAGCAAUACUCAGCCAGGUCAUUUGUCUAGAGUUUCUGAGACCUCAUAGUCCACCUUGAUUCUCCCUUCUCAUUAGAUCUAACAUUGAUAGCUGCUCCCUGCAGCUGUCACCUCUGGGUGACCUCAGUGUUCCCUUUUUGCUUUUUCAGUCAAUGAAAACUCAAUAGUAAAUCCUCUCUGUAGUAAUACCAUCUAAUUUCUGAUUUCCUGACUAACAUAUCUCUAAACCUUCCCCCAAAGGAAACUAUAGCCAUCAGCAGGGUACUGUGCUUUGGGAAAAUGUCAACAUUUAGAUUUUUUCAGGGAUUACUAGACAGUGGCUCUCAAUAGAAAUUAUGCAAACUGAAACACAGAAAAAGAUUUGGAAAAAAAAGAAUGAACAGAGCCUGAAUGACCUGUACUAAGUACUGAGAAGUCUAGCAUGAGUUUAAUUGUAGUCCCAGAAGAAGAGGAGAAACAGAAUGGGAUAGAAAAAAAAAAAAUUUGAAGAAAUACUGGAUAAAAGUCUUCCAAAUUUGAUAAAAUUAAAAAAGAAAGAAAGAAAAUGAGAAAAACAGCAACCCACAGAUCCAGAGAAUGAAAUGAACCCCAAGCAGGAUAAACAGAAAACCAAAACAAACAUCACAGUGUAAUGAAACAUCACAGUGUAACUUUUCAUAAAUAUAAUGAAAAUCUUAAAAGCAUUCAUAGAAAAAGACACCUAGAAACAUCAGUGUAACUUUUGAUAAACAGAUAUAAACAAAAUCUUAAAAGCAUUCAUAGAAAAAGACAUAAGACAUACAAGAAAACAAUGAUAAGAAUUACAACUAGUUUCUCACAGAAACAAUGGAGGCUGGAAGAUAGAAUGACGUCUUUAAAGUGCGGAAAACAAAAACAAAAACACCCUUUGAUGGCUUCUCAUUGCCUAUAGAAUAAACUGUAAUGUGCUUGACUUCCA